UAAUUAUUGUAAUGUACAAUUGAAAGUAGAUAGAAGCGAGCAGCAAGGGUGUAGAUGUCGCUUUUGGCAACCGUCCGGUCCAUACGGUUGUUGGCACUGGUCGACGCAGACGGUGUCUGUGGAUAGAAUGGACUGGCCUACCUGCGGUAAAAAUAUGUCGAAAACAUGUCAUCAAUGCUCUGCUGUGCCGUGGUAAGUAAACCAAUUGAUUUGUAAUUUACUAUAAUAAUUAUCUACGAUCUGAUUACGUUUAAUAUAUGAGCCCACCGCACUUCGGACAUCGUUUUACACGCACACCAUUAUCGCCGGACCGAAACGGUUGUCCCUCGUGGUUUUUGGCUUGUUUCGGUACCCUUGACAAUGUCAACAAUAGUGCUAAAUAUUGCAAAAUUUUCCUCUUCCUGGUCACCGGAACAGGGCACCCCCUGCUUCGGGUUACGUUUGUUGGUCUGUCCCGCUGAAAUAAAGUUUCCGGUUUCCGCCGUUGCUCGUGCUUCUAUUCGAUAUAUUCAAAUAGGCAAUAAUUCCUAAUAAAUAUACUAAGCAUAUUUCUUGUAAGGUGCCAUCGGAUUUUCGAUAAAAAAAUUGAUAACAAUGUCUCAGAAUUAAAGGAAAUAUGCCCUAAAAGUAGGCCGGGCCAAUUUUUUUUUUUUAGUACGUAUGUAGAAGCCACCUAUUUGGUUUAAUUUUUUUCGUAUCUAAACUAUUUUAUGAUCAAUGCAACUUUCGCCUAUACUUUGUUAUUUUUUCUGAUUGCUUCAAGAAAAAUAUUACAAAACUGUCUUAAUGUAUUCACCUGCCGUUAUUUUUUUUUCCUAUUGAAUGAACAUAUAUAUUUUAUUUAAAAUUUAAGUUUAUUAUUAUUAUUAAUAAAUUCACUUAAAAUAAAAAAUUAACAGUUUUGAUUUUGAUUUCGUUAAGUACAUUAGCCAAUACAAAUAAAUACAUUAUAAUUUGUUGUUAGGGUAUAUUUCUGGUAACAAAGUAUAUUUGAUGUGAUCAAGUUACUGAUCUAUUUCUAUAUUCCGAAAACUAGUUUAAUUAUUGCUUAAUCAAAACUUAAAAGAAAAAAGUUGUUCCUUAUCAGUCUAAUGUUUAUAUUUCUGAUCUAUGAAAUAAUUGUAACAACUAUCUACCUACUUAAAAUAAUGGAUUUGUUUAGUCAUUUCCAUUUAUCAUUUCACUACGUACAUCUAUAAAUUAUUUUAGUAUUUUAAUUUUUAGAUUUAUAAAAUAAUCUUAAAUUUUUAUAUAUCUUAAAUAUUUUAUGCUUUGGUACAAUAAAUAUGUUUAAAAAAUAUUCAUAUAUUUUAAGUUACAUCUGUGAUUCACCCACGCAAAAGAUUGAGUGAUAGAUGAUAUUGUAUUGUGGGUUUAAGACUGUACCCAUUAUACAUUACUAAAUAUAAUAUUAUUUAUUUAAAAGUUUUUAAUAAAUUUAUUUUCUAUAAAGUAAACAUAAAACAAUUGUGUUAUUUAAUUUACUAAUAUAACUAAUAGCACAUUAAAUUACAAAUAUAUUAGUGUAAAAUUGAAAUAUGCUUAGUAUAAUUUAUCUUUUUUAUGACUUAAAAAUAAAUAUUAGCUUAGGUUGCUUAUGUUCUUCAUGCUAAAUUAAUAAAUUAAAGUUUGCCUUGCAUGCGACUAAAAUAUUCCUAGUUAUUUCCCAACAUUUGGAUUAAAUUUAAUAUAUUAAAACCUAAAAAUCAUAAUUUAAUUGUAAUAUAGUUACAUAACAUGCAAGUUAUAUAUUAGUUUUGUCAAUAUAUCACUUUAAAGUGUAUACUGCACUAUCUACAUUCAAAUUUACCUAAGACUAAUUAUUGAUAAAAUAAAACUUUUGCCUUAUAAGUUCCAAAAUAAUAUUUUUAGUAGAUUGGAUUUUUAACAACUUUAGUUUCAAAUUAUUCCAUAUUUAAUAGUAAUUUUAUUCUUUAUUUUUUUUUCAGCUUUCAAAACUAGGCUAAAUUAGUUUUAGUCUUAAUCACAACUAAUAAAUUGAAAUAAAAAAAAAAAAUUAAUAAGUAACAUAUAAAAAAAGUCAACUAUAUUUCUUCGCUGUACGUUCCUUCAAUUAAUAGUCAACCAAGAAAAAAACAUACUGCAACAUUACCAGCAAGCAUUGUGACAACUAUCAACUGAGAAAACUUCUCUUGUUUAAAUAAUAUUUAAUCGAAACGUGUGCUGUGUAUUGUAAUGAACCAACCGAAUACUUUAGAACUGUCUAUUUUAUAAAAAUUAUUAUUAGAUUUUUAAAAGUAGGUUAGAAACCUUUUUAUUAUUUUUAAAGUUUUUUUUGUCUUAAAUUAAGAAGAAAAAAAGAGUUUUAUGUAUAAACCAUAAUAAUUUGUGUUCAUAGUAAAACAAAUAGAAAAGUCGCUUGACUUAGUCAAGUGCCCUUUAUAGCUCUUAAAUAUAUUACCUACUGUGAUAUUGAUUUUAAUGGUAAUAAUGUAUUAUAAUAUAUAAUUUAAUGUUAGGGUAAUAGGAUUAUAACUACAUAUAUGUAUCUAUAUAUAUAUUUAUAUGUAUAUACAUAUAUAUAAAUAUAUACAGAUCAUAUAUAUUAUAUACAAUUUAAAAAAAAAAUCUUAAACACUUCCUCCCCCCUUCAUAAUACAUAAUAUAAUAUAUUAAAUUUUUAGUGGUCAUAAUAAUUUAGUGUAAAAUUAAUAACUUGCAAAAUUAAAACUAGUAUGUCUAACAACUCUCAGUGGAAUCUGUUCCAAUCGACUAUGUUAGAUGGUAGUGAUUCUUCUGUGUUGAACUUUAAAACGCUUUCGACAUUAACAAAUUUAAGCAAUUUCUCACCAUCAAGAUCUUCAAAUCAUUCACCGCCAAACUAUAAUUCACAGUCAAGUCAAAAUUUUCCUAUGCCAUCACAAUAUCAAUCUUCUCAAUUUCAUCAGAAGGAAUCAUCAAUGAAUAAUAUGUUUAACAAUGGACUACAGUCAUCAACUUUUGAUGUAUUCUCUUCUGAUAAUACUGCACCUGUGAGUCGCUAUCCUCCAGCUGGUAAUGAUAUUUUUGGACAUGACACAGCCACUGCAAGUAGUUCUAACAAUUCUAAUUUUUCAAAUGAUUCAUUUGGGAAUAACCAAGGUGUUAGAGAAACUGGAAUUAUAGAGAAACUUUUGGUUAGUAUGGUUACCUUGGGUUAGUUAUUAUUUGUUUAUAGAUUAUUUAAUAAUUUUAAUUUUCAGCACUCGUAUGGAUUUAUUCAAUGUUGUGAGCGUCAAGCACGAUUAUUUUUUCAUUUUAGUCAGUUUAGUGGUAACAUUGAACAUCUUAAAAUUGGAGACCCAGUUGAAUUUGAAAUGACUUAUGACAGAAGAACUGGAAAGCCAAUAGCCAGCACUGUUACAAAAAUUGCUCCUGAAGUGGUAAAUAUUUACAUUUAAUUUGCAUUUAAUACUUUUACAUUAUACAAAUAUAUAUUUAAUCAUAAUUAUUUCUUAGGUAUUAAGUGAAGAAAGAGUAACUGGCGUAGUAACAACUGAACUAAGAACUGAAGGUUCUGGUGGUGAUACACAAGGGCGAAUUAGUUAUGAAAAUCGAGGAGAGUGUUUUUUUCUCCCUUACAAUAAAGAUGAUGUUGAAGGUAAUGUUACACUUAGGACUGGUGAUCAAGUGAGCUUUCAGAUUGCAACUAAUCAGAGAGGAAAUUUGGGUGCUACUCAUGUUCGUUUGGAAAAUCCAGUACAUCCAGUGAAGUAUCAGGGAGUGGUUUGCUCUAUGAAAGAUGGUUUUGGUUAUAUUGAAAGAGCUGAUAUCGUAAAAGAAAUUUCAUUUCCAUUUACUGAAUUUAAAGAUGCUUCAAAACCUCUACAAUUAGGCGAUGAUGUAGAAUUCAUAAUACAAACACGAAAUGUAAGUUAAGGCUUAAAUUCUUAUAUUAAUUUGAAUACACAUUAUAAUGUAUCUAAAGAUUAUGUUUGAAAAUAAGGGAAAAGAAGUUGCAUGCAAUAUUGAACGCUUGCCUCCUGGUUCUGUAAUUUUUGAAGAUAUUGAUGAUACUGUUAUGAAAGGCCAAGUAUUAAAACCAUUGGACAAAAAUCCUCAGAAUCAUUUACCAUCUGAACCAUUGCCUGGGCGUAUACGUUACAGAGCACCAGAUUAUUCAGAAGUUGAAGUUUCAUUUGGUGAAAAAGAUCAACAAGGCGAUUUUACAUUAAGGUAUUUACUAAAAUUUAACUUUAUUUUAAUUUAAAAUGUAUGAUAAAUGAUAAUUCUUUUGUUUUUCUUUAAAGUUUUUUUUUAAAAAUUUUUUAAUGUUUUAAUUAAUUUUUUACAGACACGGUGAUUGGGUUGAGUUUCGAAUAGCAACUGAUCGCCGAGAUCAGUUAAAACGAGCUACUAAUAUUUCAUUAUUACCAGAAUCAUUUGUAGUGUCUGGAGAAAGAAGAGAGCAAGGUAUUAUUGCAGUUUUGAAACAAGGAUUUGGUUUUUUACGUUCUGUUGAAAGAGAACCAAAAAUUUAUUUCACAUUCAAUGAAGUUCUUGAUAUUCAUAGAAAAUUGGAAUGUAAUGAUGAAGUGGAAUUUACAGUGGCUCAGGUAAUAUUUGUGAAAUUCUAAUCCAUUUAACCAAUUUGGUUAUUAUUCAAAGAAAUUAGAUUUGUAUUGGUAAAACUAUAUAAUAUGCAAUCUGUCUAUUUAGUUUUAAUAUUUAGAUGAAAGUUAUUUAAUAUUAUUGACAUUAAAAUAUAUUGCAAUGUGAAAUAUAAUUUUUUUGUUUCUAUUGUAGGAUCCUUCAUCUUCAUUUGGAAAUUCUAGACAGAGUGCCAUACGAAUUAAACACUUACCGCGUGGUUCAGUACAAUUUGAAAUACUUAUUGAAGAAGGAUUAGUUGGAGUUGUUACUAUUACAGCAACAGAGAUAUCUGAACCAUCAAGUCCUUCGAAAAUGAAUGGUCAUCAUGUAAGUAACAUAUUGUUUAGUUUGAAGUAUUUUUCAUGUACUAUCAAAUAUAAUAAUUCUUAUUUUUGAGUUAGGUUAGAAAGAGAGUAGCAGAGCAUUAUUAAAACGGUGCUAAAAAUAAUUUACUAAUUGAUAAUGACAAAUUUGGUCUAAUUGGACAUUAGUAUUUCAUUGAUAUUUUGCUUUACAAUGAUUUUGAUCAAUAAUCAUGUUCUUAAUAAUAGAGAUAAUCAUAUUUAUAUAGUUUGACAGCAUUUUACCCAAAUACUAUUGAUACAUUAAUUUAAACUUAAAACUAGUUCUCAUAGGAAGAUAAUGUAUUGAUCCUCCUCUGCAUUCCCUGCUCCCAAAAAUCUCAGGUCUUCUUUUACUCUGUUUGCCUAUCUCUGCCCCGGUCAUCCUCUGAGCCUCUUCGUGUUCGGUUUUCAUACUAUUAUUUGUCUAAUUAACCUUCCCAAUCUCCACAUAUCAUAUCCAACUUAUUCGCGUACUUUUCAAGGUCCCAACAAUGCUAGUUUCAUUGUAUAGUUCUUCCAAAUUUUUGUUGCUUCGUACAUCAUAAUCACCUUCAUUAUUUCUAGUUGGGCCAAAUGUUUUCCUCAAAAUGAACUCGAACACUUCUAAUUUUUUCUCAUUUAAUUUUGUCAUGUCCCAAGUACCGCAUGCAUAUGGAGACACCUGUUUGACUAGAACUUUAUAUUAUGUUAUUUUGAUUUUCUUGUUAGAACUUUACUAUUGAUUUGAAUAAUGAUAUCAAUCCAUAGUAGUUCCUAUUUGUUGCUGUGUGCCAUUUUUUUACUUCCUCGUAGCUAUUUAUUAGCAUCUUCAUUAAUGUCUGCACCUAGGUAUUUAAAAUUUUUACCUUUUAAAUUUAUAGUCUUUCACUUUUUGAUAAUUCUAUGAUCCUGUUUAAAUAUAGUAUAUUUUGUCUUUAAUUCAUUGAUUCUCUAGUCAAUCUAUUUUCUUUUCUUCAUUAGGAUAUUUGCUGUGUUUUUUAAAUCAUUAUCUUUUUUGGCUAUUGAGACUAUAUUAUCUGCAUUGACUACUGCAGUUAAAUUUUGAUUGUUUCUAUUUUUAUGCUCUUAGUUUGGGUAAUUACUACCUUAAUAACUGAUUCUAAGGUAAUAUUAAACAGUGCUAGUGAUAGAGCGCCAUCCUGCCUGAGACCUGUCAUUACCAGAAACUCUGCAGAUAUUUCUUCUCCAAAACUUACUAUACUUUUCGAACCAUAUGUACACACUUUUAUCAUUAACUUAGUUGAUAUUCCUAAUUAACCCAUGACUUCUCAUAAUUUUUUUUCUAUUUGAGUAGUAUGCUGCUUUGAAGUCCAUAAAUGGUAGAUGUAUAUCUUUAUUGAACUUAUGGACUCUUAUCAACUAGUUGUUUUACCAAGUGUAUUUGAUCUAUUGUUGAUUUUCCUAGUACGAAACCAGCUUGAUGUAUUACCAGCAGAUUAUUAUUUAUUAUUACUAUUAAUAUUUUUGAUUAUUUCAAUAUAUCAUGUUUUUCAAUUGUAUUUGGCUCUUCUAGUAUUUGAUAAAGAUUGAAAAUCAUAAUGUUUGAAUGUGGAACUUAAUUUAUAGUAUUUUAUGAUAUUUUUUUUUUCAUAAUUUAUUAAUCAUUAAAUAAAAUGUAUCUAUAAUACAUUUCAUAUUAUAUUCUAUUAAUAUAUCUAUAUAGAAUUAUUUAACUUGCUUUGUAUUUAUUUCAGCAGUUUGAUGAGAUCACUUACGAACCAGGAGUUAUCACUUUACAUUCUAAUGGUGUUAAGAGAACAAUCUUAUAUAAUAUUAAAGACUGUAAUUCAAAAUAUAUACCUAAACAAGGAGACAAAGUAAAUUAUUUGGAAUGUAGUUGUGUAGCAACAAUGAUUUUUUUUAUAUGAGGUAUUAUUUAUUAUUAUUUUUUGUACAAAUUUAGGUAAGAUUUAACCUUUAUCAAAUAAAACGAAACAAAGAAUUAAUUGCUAUGAAUAUUCAUUUGGCAUCAUCUGUGUCAAACAGUAUACAUAUCGCUGAUGAGCCAAAUCGUGUAGACUUAAAGUAUGGUUUUAUUGCUGCUCUUAAGGAUGGAUUUGGUUUUAUUGAAAACAUCUCACUUGAUUCCGAAGUAUUUUUUAGAUAUGCGUAAGUAGAGACGAACACAUAAUUAAUAUUAUAAUAUAAUUACUAAUUAAUCAUUUAGGAAUUUGAAUGAACCAAGUGCGUCUCUUGAACUUGGUAUGGAAGUAGAAUAUACAUUAAGUACUAGAAAUACAGGAAAUGGUGGAAGUUGUGCUUCCGCUGAAAACGUUAGAAUUUUACCGCCUGGUACUAUUAAUGACAAUUGUGAAUUGCUUCAACCAAAUGUUAUUUUGGAUGGAGUGGUUUCUCGUCCAUUGCGCUCUGUUAAUCCUGAACAAACUGAAUAUGCUGGCAUAAUACAAGAAGUACCAACAAGUAAACUUUUUUAAUUUUUAUACAAAUAAAAAAAAAACUUAAUGUAUUAAUUUUUUUUUAGCUGAAGAAGAAAAUAUUUCACAAUAUGAAUUUGGUAUCAAAGGUUUAAUAAAUAAAAGAGAAUUAUUACAAGUUGGAGAUCCUGUACAAUUUCAAGUGGAUUCAAAAAACCGAGCUGUUAAUAUUAUUGCAAUUAGAAAAAAACAAAGAGCUCAUGUAGAUGCAAUUAAAGGUAUGAUAGAUAAAAAAUAUUUAUUCAAAUUUAGGCAGUUUAUAAUAAGGUAUUAAACAUUUAUGAUUUGGCUGUAGGCUUAUUUGGAUUCUUAACGUAUGAAGUAGAAGGUGGCAAAAAACUUUUUUUCCAUACGUCUGAAGUAACUGAUGGAAUUAAAUUGCAUCAAGGAGACUUAGUCGAGUUUGUAUUAGUUGUUAAUCAAAGGUCAGGAAAAUCAUCUGGUUGUAAUGUCACUAAAAUCAGGUUAGUAUAUAAACAAACUUAUCAAAUUAUGUUUUUGAAAUUUAAUUUUUAUACAUUUAAUGUAAUUAUUGUACUCUUAUUAAAAAUGUUAAGUUUGUUUAUUACUUACGUUUUGUAGUAAUUUAAAAUAUAUAUACUAUAUGUAGAAAAUACAAAGAAUUUAUAAAACUAUAUAUAUUUCACAAUUAUCAUAUCAAAAACAAUUUUUAAUUUUUGGCCUUUAUUUAAAACUUCAUUUAUUUUAAUAAUGAGUACUUAUAAUAUGUAGCCAUUAAAAUAAGCCUGCCAACUUUCAUUUGUUUUUCCAUUAUUAGUUCUGCUGAGAAUUCUUCACCAAAACAACCAUCUCAACGACCAGAUCAUUUGAUUAAUCGCAUACGCACCAUUUCUAUAAAAGAUGAUGGUUCGCCGAAAUUAAUAGUAAUUCGUCAACCAUUAGGUCCAGAUGGAUCAAAUGGUUUUGAUCCAAAUGCACGUAAACAGCAUAAUCCAGGGCAACUUACUGAAUUGUAAUGCAAUUUCAUAGUUUAAUUAAGUUAUUAACAUUUGACUACCACUUUGACUUAUUUUCCGAUUCAGAAUUUUAUCAUUAUUAUCAUUUUACUAUUGUAUCUUUUUGUAAUAAAUAAUGAGCUUCCAACAUGUUUAAAAAUUUACUAGUCUUGAUGAAUAGGUUGUCAAAUUAAUUGUAACCAAACAUAAACAUCUAGCAUUUAAUAUAUUCAAAAAUCUUAAGUCUUAUGAUUUAUGAUUUUUUUUUUUUUUUUUUUUAAAUCUAUUAUUUAUAUUAAUAUGAUAUUUUAUAUUAGUGAAAAAUGUAGCAAUAAGAUAACAGGUUAUUAGUUUACAAUUAAUUAGUGAAACAUUUAAAUGUAAUGUUAGUUUUAUAUUAUAGCUGGCACAUACAUAUUAGAGAAAGAGAUAAAUUUUUUAAAUGUUAAAGUUAUUUUAAUUUAAUAUUAUUUGUAGUAUUCCCUAAAACUGAUAUAUUAUUUGAUUUAGAUUAUCUUCAACAUUGAUAUACAUUUAAAAAUGAAAAAAAAAAAAAAAUUCUCUUUCACUGCUCAAUCCCAUAAUUUUAAUUAGAAUGACUGGUGUAUAAUUUAAAUAUCAUUUCAACUCUUGAUGGUUUUGAUUUGUAAUAUUAUAUAUUAAUUUUGAUUAAACAUUUUAUUCGAAUGAUCCUUUUUAAAUAAAUCUAAAAUAAAUAAUUUACUAUUAGUAGUAGUGAAAGAGACUUCAGAGUAUAUUUUAUUUAAAUUUUAAAAUUCACAUACUGUUCCUAACAUAGAUCUCCCUAUUUUCCGCACCAUAUACAUUAAUAAUUUCCCUCCCGCAUAUUUUAUUUUAUUUAAAUUGGAUGCAUUUAAAAAAAAAAAAAAAUGAAUUUUUUCAUUUAAUCUUAUAUAGUUAAAUAAAUAAUUUUUAUAUUACUAAAAAAAGUAUGUCAACAACUUAAAUUGUGCCUUAAUAAUUUACGAGUUACAUGCCACAAUAAUAUAAUUUGAAACUUUUAUAGUUGAAAUAAAAAAAAAAAUGUCUUUAUUUUAUUUUAUCAAUGUUUGGAAACUAAUGAUUUGACUGAAGUUUUCUCCUGUUUUUUAUUUGUUAAUUUAAUUAAAAAGUAGUAAUUUUAUCAAAUUUACUAUUACCCUUUACUCUUUAAAUGCAUCCAAUUAUUGAAUAUGCUCACAAUAACUUCAUUAAAUUAGCUUUUAAUUUAUUAUUCUAAAUAUUAAGGGCAAUGAUCCUAUAACCAUGAGCAAAACUUAAAUUUUCCACUCUAUGAAGUAUAAAUCUGUUUUCAUAAAUAUUGAUUAAUAAUUGUAAAUAUAAACAUUUUUGCAACAUCUUAAAAAUACAAAGUUAGGGUUUAAAUACAGAUACGUUAACUCUAAGUCAUAGUUUUUAAGCAAAUUUUUUUUUUAUCAUCAACAUACAUAUUUAAUACACAUUUACUUUAUUAUUAUUAUUAUUUUUUUUUUUUUGGUACAAAUCUUAUAAGCCUUGUCUAAUAUUAUCGUUCAAGUAGUGUUUUUCAUUCCAUAUUGUUUUUCAUCACAUAACUCUACUCACAGUUAAUCUUUCGAGCUUUUAGUUUAUAUAAGCAUUUGCUUAAAAAAAUUUAGUUAUACAGGUAUGAUGACAUACAUACAAAUUAUGCCAAACAUAAACUAGUAUAAGACGUAACUAAACUGUGAUAAAUUAUGAGUAUGUACUAUUGUAAUGUAUUUUAAUUGUUAUUUUUUAUUUAAAAAAAAAAAAAAAAAAAAGUGUAAUUUUGUAUCUGUUUUUAUCUUGCAACAAUAUGUAUAUUCCAUAAUCAUUGGAACAUUAAAACCAAUAAUAUUAUUUUGCAAGGAAAAAACUCUUACAAACUGUAAACAUGAUUUUUAUAUUGUAUUGUAAAUAUAUAUUAUAAAUAAUAUAAAAAACUAAAAAAAAAAACUGUAAUAUUUUUGAAUAAUGUAAUCAUAGUACUAAUGAUUACAAAUAAUUGAUUGCACUAAAUUCUAUUAACUGAUAUAAAUUUAGUGUUUUUGAAAGAAUUGUUUGCAAUUGUUAACUGGACAUUUUGCAAACACUCUAAAAUUAUUUGGCUACUUUGAUAUCUAUUAAUAUUAUAUUAAACAAGUGCAAUUUGGUUCAAUAUUGAUAUAUCAAAAUGUAAUUUAUCAUUAAUAAUCAUAUUAUACUAUAUUAUUAUAUAUUAUUGAUUGUUCUUUAUAAGAGUAUUAAUUAUCUUAAAAUAUUAAUUUAUCUAUUCUAAAUAUGUAUUUUUAAUUUAAAAUUAUUAAAAUAUUUGCUUUAUACAGUAUAGAGGCAUACAAUAUAUUUAUUUAACAUACUUAAUUGUAUUUACAAGUUUAUUCAAUAGUUUCUGCUGAACAAUUUUAGUAUGCUAAUGCACAAUUUUUUUUUUAUUUUAAUGUAACUUAGUUUUUAACUACAAUUUUUAUUAACUUGAGGGAUCAGGAAAUAAAUUUAAGGUUACAUGCAUUAUAGCCUUUCAUUUAAAUGUUUAAUAUAUUUGUUUUUUAAGGAGAAAAAUACAUAGUGUUAAGUAGUAUGAGUUAUUGUGAGCAUUAUUAUAUUUAUAUACAUGUAGUCAAGUAAUAAUUAUAACGUAACCUACUAAUUUCAAUAGAUUAUGAUGAUAAUUAAUGUAAUUGUAAUUAUUAUUAUUAUUAAUGUAUUUGCAAAAAAAAAUGGUAGGUAGCAUUACAUGUUUUCCGGGUUGCUUGUGAACUAUAAUAACGUAUUACCAAAUAAGACAAUUAUUGACAAAAAUUGUUAAGACUUUUCUGAAACACUAGGAAAAAUUAUAAUUAACUCGCUGAAACUGUAAGGCUGAAUAAAUAACAAAACAAUUUGAAACAAAA